AUGAACUCACUUCUUCAAAACUCCAUACAAACUUCAUGUUCACUCAGUGACUCGUCACUCACCCAAUUCUUUCCCGAUCCCGCACAGUUUGAGCCUGCCAAAACCUUCAAACCAUUGUCUCGGUGGGCCCUGAUAAAAAUUGGCACUCUCGAAGCAAGACUCGAAAAUCUUCAACAGCGACUAAACAAGUCCCGGCAUUCACUUCCACCUCGUCUGGUUGUCCUCUUAGCUUCUCGGGUCUUUGGUUACAACGGCUGGAGCUCUCGUGUUUGCAAUUGUGCCGUGACAAAUAUUUCUGGAGAAGCUGAAAAAUACACUGUAUCGCACACGGCUGAAGUCGAAGUGAUACUUUCUGACGGCACAAAAUCUAGAGCAAAUGGUUACGGAAAAGCCACCAAUUUACCAAAGGCAAGAGCGUACAACAAGAGCAUCAAGGAGGCAACGACUCAGGCGACAAUGAGAGCUAUAUUGGGGUUGGUGGUGGUGAUGGAGGAAGCCGAUAAACGAUAG